CACAAGUCGCGACCAUAAGCUCUGCCCUAGUUUUCGUGUGCCAAGCUCCACCCCGUUUCCGCCAAGCUCUGCCCAUCGCCUUUACUGUGUUUUCCCAAAACACAAGUUGUGAAUCUGGUGGUGUGUGAAUUUGCCCAAGUUUCCAUCUCGCUCAUUGAGAAUCCGUGAAACUCUCUGUAUUCUGAAACACAAGUCACGCCAUAAGCUCAACCCUAGUUUCCGCCAAGCUCUGCCCGUCGCCUUUACUGUGUUUUCUCAAAACACAAGUUGUGAAUCUGGUGGUGUGUGAAUUUGCCCAAGUUUCCAUAUCGCUCGUUGAGAAUCCGUGGUUUACCCCCUCUUUCAAGUUGUUCUUUUCGAUGAUUGCUUCGCUUAUUCGAGUUCUUCGAUCUUCUUUUCUUCUCUAACAUAAAAAAUUUGGUUAUGGCACCUAGUAAGCAAUGGAUGCAACUUGUUGAUAAUUGGCUCGAUAAAGCCUAUUUAAUCGGAGUGCAAAAGUUUUUGGAUUAUGCUUUACAGAAAACGGGAGAAGAAUAUGAGAUACGAUGUCCAUGUGUCAAAUGUUGUAACACAACUUUAGGAACUCGUAAGACAGUUGAGACACAUUUGCAAGUAUACGGAAUAAUUCAAAAUUAUACUUUUUGGUAUCAUCACGGAGAAAAUUUAGGUGAGCCACUGUCAGAAUCGGAAGAUAAAGAUGGUGAUGAACUAGAAGAAUGUGAAAGUAAAGAUGAAGUACAAGAACUGUUGAGAGAUAUGUAUCCUAAUAUUGAUGGAAGAGACGUGCAUACUGAUUGUGAUAAUUUAAUUGAGGAGGAACCAAAUAUUGAAGCAAAAAGAUUUUACAGGCUAUUGAAAGAUUUCGAACAGCCACUGUACCAAAAUUCAAAAGCUUCAAAGCUUUUAUCUUGUAUAGUGUAUCUUGGUAACCCUCGAAGAUGCAGCUAUAGAAGGUGGAUAAAUCUGCUCCAUUCCGAACUGCAACCGCUUGGUGCUAUGAUUGCCGGUAAUGAUAGUCUGAUUGAUAUCAUCACCAAUCAUCAUUAAAUACUUUUUGUUCUUAGCGAUGGAGACAUACUCCUCGUAUAUACCAGCAGUAAUGUAUAUUAGAAAAUAGCCUGAGGUGGACAUGGAAUUGUUUGGAGCAGCAACAACAACAUCAGUUAUGGUGCUGAAAUUCCCACUUCCGUCCUGGUUUACUAUCACAACGUCCCUCACCAGAACCUGGUCAUCAUCAUCUUGUUGCUGGAGUAUAUUUCUCCUACUAACAGUCUCCAAAAUUGCUUGGUUUUGUGCAGACAUUUUUAAUGGCAAGUGACCAUUUUGGAAGGCUAGCUGUUUUUGGUUUUGUUGCUUAGUUUCUUCUGUGUGCCCUUUGACAUUAUUCUUCUCGGUCCUUUUUUCUACUGGUGUGAUAGUGCCUUAUUAUUCA